AACUCGCCUGAUGAAUGCAGUGUGAGCAAAGGUGGGAAGAUGGUGGGCAGCCCUGAUACUGUGGGGAUGAGCUAAGGCAGCUACAUGGAGGAGAAGCACAUGCCACCCCCCAACAUGACCACAAAGGAGUGCAGAGUGAUCGUCCCUGCAGAUCCGACUCUAUGGAGCACAGACCAUGUCCGACAGUGGUUGGAAUGGGCAGUGAAAGAAUACGGCCUUCUGGACGUGGAUGUCUUAUUAUUUCAGAAUAUCGACGGGAAGGAGCUGUGCAAGAUGACAAAAGAUGACUUCCAGAGGCUCACUCCAAGCUACAAUGCAGACAUCCUUCUCUCACAUCUCCACUACCUCAGAGAGACUCCCCUUCCACAUUUGACUUCCGAUGACGUGGAUAAGGCUUUACAAAACUCUCCACGGUUAAUGCAUGCUAGAAACACAGAUUUACCUUAUGAGCCUCCCAGGGGAACAGCCUGGACCGGUCAUGGCCACCCCGCCCCCCAGUCCAAAGCUGCUCAGCCAUCUCCUUCCACAGUGCCCAAAACCGAAGGCCAGCGUCCUCAGUUAGAUCCUUACCAGAUUUUGGGACCCACCAGCAGCCGCCUUGCUAAUCCAGGUAGUGGCCAGAUCCAGCUGUGGCAGUUCCUGCUGGAGCUCCUGUCUGACAGCUCCAACUCCAGCUGCAUCACCUGGGAAGGUACCAACAGGGAGUUCAAGAUGACAGACCCUGAUGAGGUGGCGCGGCGCUGCGGGGAGCGGAAGAGCAAGCCCAAUAUGAAUUACAAUAAACUCAGCCGCGCCCUCCGCUACUACUACGACAAGAACAUCAUGACCAAAGUGCACGGGAAGCGCUAUGCCUUCAAGUUCGACUUCCACGGGAUCGCGCAGGCCCUGCAGCCCCACCCUCCCGAGUCAUCUCUGUACAAGUACCCCUCUGACCUCCGAUACAUGGGCUCCUAUCACGCCCACCCCCAGAAGAUGAACUUUGUGGCUCCGCACCCUCCAGCCCUCCCGGUCACAUCGUCUAGUUUCUUCGCGGCCCCAAACCCAUACUGGAAUUCACCGACGGGGGGCAUUUACCCGAACACUAUGCUCCCGGCCAGCCACAUGCCGUCUCACCUGGGUACUUACUACUAG